CCGGGUACCCUGAUUCCAUCCGAGCAACGCCCGGCCUGUGAGCGUAGCGCGUCCUAUCUGUACGUCAGCCCUCACACUUUGAAACCUGGAUGGCCUUCCUGAAUUGGCAUUAGCGAUUAGCAUAUGUCUAGUAACAAUAGGAUCGGUCGGUUGGGUUGCAGUCACUGCAAAUAUGAUGUCUGGUCACUCCAGUGCAGGGAAAGAGACCGACUCUCCUGUAGACCAGAUGGACAUAUCUGAUACAAAGUCCAAGAUUGAUCCAAGUUUCAAGUCUAAAAGGUAUCGAGAUAAACUAAGAACUGAGAUCAAGGCCUUGGAAGCUCUACUUCCGGUGGACAGAACAGCCCUCAGCAGGAAACUCGACAGUCAGACCGUCUUUCGCCUUGUCAUCUCGUACUUCCGGUCCAAGAUAUUUUUCCAAGCUGCCGGGUUCUACCAAACCGAGGAUGCCAAGCUGGAAGCAGAAGACCCUGAAGACAAGCAGGAGGAGAGUGAACCGGUCAGCGACGGACAGCACGGCAUACAGCUCUUGGAUGGCUUCCUCCUCGUCAUCACCUCGGAUGGGACGGUGCUGUAUGUAUCAGACAACAUCUUGCAGUAUCUCGGCUUUAACCAGGUUGACCUCAUGCACCGGUGUGUAUACGGCGUUAUCCACCCAGAUGACCAUCAAGAGGUCAAGGUCGUCCUGGAACACACGCUUGGGCCAAUACAGCUGCAGACGACAUCCGGGGAGUCCGCGGACAAGGAUGCUGAGGUGACGGAGAAACCUGACACGUGCAAGCCGGUGUCCUUCCUGUGUCGGAUGAAGUGCUUCAACGGGACGUCAGCGGGGUAUCUGAAGAUGCACUGCUCUGGGAAGGUGGAACAUCUGGCUGAGCUGUCCAAGUCCAACAGAACAUCCUGCCAGAUUCUGUUCCUGUUCUGUCACCCAUUCAUGAUCAACACGACGGAAGUGGACCAGGAGCUCAAGCAGAACGUCUUCUGGUCCAAGCACGACCUUGACCUCUCAAUCAGAGAAAUCGAUAAGAAAGCGCUUCCCGUGAUUGGUUACACCAGCCCAGAGAUAGAAGGUCGUUCUUUCUACUCCCUCAUCCACCCAGAAGACAUCGCAACAUGCGCAGCUUGUCACAGGCAACUGACGGACAGCAGUGACGUGCAAACCUUGUACUUCCGCCUGCAGAACAAACAUGGCGGCUGGGUCUGGCUUCAGAGUCGCGGCAAGGUCAUCUCGAAAAACUCCAAGAAGUUCUCCAUCGUCUUCUCGCAUUGUCCCGUCAGGGAGGAGGACAGCACGUAUAUUCAACAAGAAUCAGUUCUCAGACAGCGUUACGCCAUCAACGACCUCAUGUGCCUGUCACACAUGACUCAGUACGGCUCCUCCUGGAAGGACGGUCCGAGUAUCAUGGAACCCAGCAUGAAGAGAAUGUGCUUCCAGUCCAACCCAGGCACACAGGACGAGGCCUAUGUGACGGUCCACAGUCUGUCGGGGGGGCCCUGCCCUUCCAGCUGGCACGCCCUAUCGGACAGACACUCACCCAUCCUGCCAUCUAGCCACGUGGCACACAAGAUCUCCCAGCGAGAAAAGCAACUUCAGUACCAGGAGUUCAAACGACGCCAGCAGGCUCAGGACCAGACGGCGUUCAAGAUGAUGCCUGAUUGGGAAGAUCAGGGUUAUGAUUGUGCCCAAGAGCUUCCCGCACCAAGAGGGCAGAACGCGUACCCCUGCUCCAUAGACAAUGGACACGAUUCGUCCACGUGGCAUACCUCGAGUGACUUACCCCAGAAGCAAGGAUUUCAGUUUGGCCGAUUCCAGCCACAUGAUGAUUCGUUUCAAAGAAGCAUGCUUCAAUCUUUCUCUGGUCAGGGUUACAAUUGUCCACCUUUCCAGGUGAUGCAAGGCGUUCCGAUGUCUGGGUAUUACCCCCACCCACCGUAUGUCCACAACAUGCCGCCGUCCCCACCCCCGUCGCCCCAGCACAACCCCUACAACCUGGACGUCUUCCCUCGAAGAACGCCCCCGCCCCCGCCUCCGCCUCGACUUGUCCAGUUACAACACUCCCUCCGACGGGAUCAUGGGGAUUCAAAUAGGACAUUUAACACCGCAAAUUAUUCGUGUUAUCAGCAGAACUAUGUUCCAGCGCCCUGUAUUCAGGAUUUGCAAAGAACGGCAGAAAAAUAUCUAGGUUACUGUGAAUACCAACAAGGGACUUGCUCUCCACAGAUGCAGCAUGUGUCUCGGGAAGGUGUUGGGAAUUGUAAGCCACAAAACAGCAGGCCCAGUCAAAGGGCUGUGGCGCCAUAUGAAUCAACAUAUUCCUUACAUAGUUCCAUUAAGCCAAGUCCUUCGUCUAGUCAGUCAUGCGCAUAUGCUGCAAGGUGUCGUGUGCAAAGCAAUGAAAGGAGCCAAUCGCAGGCUCAAGUUGAGAAUCACAUGAUGAUCGUGGAGCACGGACAGCCCGUGCAUUCUAGAGGCUACAUGGAUCUUCCGUCUAUUGGCAGCUUCCUGGAGUAUCUAAAUGAGGUGUGACAGUAUCAACAGGUCCGUUGUGUUCACAAACUUUUGAAGGAAAAUGCAGAUGCAUGGCAACUUAGAACGCCAACGACAAACAUUCCUAAGGGUCUCCACAAACGUUUUUUUUAUUAUUUAUGUGUUUGCUUGUUUCAAAAUGUCAUCAUUGUUGUGCAAGAAUCGUCCAGAAAAGUGUAACGUGAUUACUUAAUACUAGUCACGUGGUGACCAAAAAGGGGAGACAACUUGCCCAAAAGAGAGACAUCCGUAAAUGAAGACACUUUGUUUGUUUGUUGUUUAACGCCGAAGCAAUAUUCCAGCUAUAUGAAGACACUUAAACAUUGGAAUUGAACAAUGUGUCUGUAAUUAUCGUUGACCAUGCAGCUCGAGCAGCACUGGCGUGUAAGGCCGGAGUACAUUAUCACAAUAUUAUUGUACAUGUGACACUAAUGAUGUACGCCCACUUGACCAGAGCCUUUAACUCUGCUCUAACGUGUUGUUGGUGGCUUUAAUGUAGAGGAGUGCACCCCCAUCACCUCUUUGAGAGCAUACUUUAACCAUUCCAUUCGAACAUUUUAUAAGUGAUCGGAUAUCUUAAGAGGAAACCUAUCACAGCACUACGACUAACUGAGAUAUAUUUUUUUGUCAACAGAAUUAAACCUAAUUUGACUCAAAUUGCCAAAUCACAUAAUGCACAAAAGGCUGUAUCUCUGCUUAUUCGUGGUUUAUUAUAAUAGAUAGGAAUUUCUGACCCCUGAAUUACGUUUACUUUUUAACUCAGGGGUCAGGGACCAGUAUAAGGGGGCUUCAUUGUCUAACUUACUCUCCAGUGCUAUGGGGGCACAGGUGGCCCAGUGGUCUAAGGUCAACAAUCUGCGCCAAAAACAAGAUCUUAGAUUCGAAUCCUAGCUUCGGACUUUCCUCUUCACACUGACACGCCAUGAUUUAACUAGAAUACUGUUCAAAGCGGCGAUAAAUGUAAGUUCGCCGUUGAAACCAACCACGUGUAUAAUUAACAUGUGUCACGUUAAUAAAAUAUAUGCAUUUUUCAUGUAUAGGUUCUGUUAAAAUAUCUAUAUACACAUGUUCUUAUAAAAAGAACGCACAGCCAAAACUUAACACAUCUUCCCGAGGCAAGGGAGCUAACUGACUAUAAAAGUCCAGUUUCCACCCUUGGCUGCAAUUAUGGUAUUAUAUGUUGGCUGGACUAACGAGUCUAUGCAUAGUCCAAUCAAAUUCGCGUAACGAAAUCGAUAUCCGGUUCGUGCAGAUUUCUGUCGAUUGCAGGAUUUGCAAAGCAUGUGUACCAACAACUUAAUUUAAAACGUCAACAGAUACUUUCCAAAUCUUUUCAUGUUUUUAAUCAAGGUUCUCACGUGAGUUGAUGUUUCCUACAAAUCGAGGCAACAAAUUCCCAAGAUGUCAUUUGACUUACAUUUACGAUCGCACGAAAAGGUGGAAAUCUAACUUUGAUGUAAGGUUGACAAUUUUUAGAAAUAUGUUUAUUAAUUUCAUUUAUUACUUUUUUUAAAUUUACUUACAAUUUGCUUGAAACAUCUUUAUUUGCUCUUUGACAUGUCCCCAUGUCCGAGAUUAUUUUAAUUUCAACAACAUUGCGGGAAAUAGUUAAUAAUUUUUAAUCUAUUGAUAAAAUAUGAUAGAUUGAAAUGAAAUAUUAUUUUACUGACUUUGUUUAAUACUGAAGAUUUAAUAAAUGAAUUAUGUGACAGGUAGGUUCAUGAAACUAUAUUUUAUUUUGAUGUGACUACGGUAUUGGCGGUACAGGUCUGCGGUGUUGGAAGAGGCAGCGAGCGGAGUAUUUUGAGGCUGGACCCUGUUUCACCAAGCAGUCUGUGUUGUGAUUCAUUUACCAAGUUCACAGCCUAAAAUAAACCGCAGGCCGUAAGUGCCUGCUUAAAUUUAAAACUAUCAGUCCGAGAACAAAUCUGGCCUACGGGCUGAUGUCUAUGUCGAACAGUGCUUGCAUUUGCUUCAAACAAAUUGGCGGCACUCAGUGAAGACCAUCUGAUCGAUGAUCAAGAUGUAUAUUGUAAUAAAACGGGUCUAACCUCGUGAAGUGCAUCAAAUUACGUGAGCACCUUGAUUAAAACAUUUGGAAAACAUUUGUCAACGCCCAUUUGGCGGUACACAUGCUUUGCAAAUCGACCGAAAUCGACCGAAAUGAAACACGUUGAACUCUUUGUUGUAAAAUGUAACACCAUAAUUCCAGUCUAGUUUGGCAAGGUUGAAAACUGGACUAUUACAGUCAGUUAACUCCCUUGUCUGAGGAAGAUGAUUUCUUCUGAUUAGACGCACAUAUUAACUUUCAUUCCACAAUGAAUUCGGAAAUUAAUUGAUUCUGAUUUAUCAUUCAGAGGUUAUCAAAUCACAAUAAACCACCUCUGAUUGAAACAGACGAUUUGAAACAUGACACAUUUUAUGGACAAGUUAGGAUUUAGGUUUAUACAGGAUAGGAUUAAUGUUUACACAAGGUAAGAUUAAUGUUUACACUAGGAGGGAUGCCAAUGAGAUUAACAGAAGAGAAGUCAAUUACGUACAAUAAAAGUGCAGUGAUGGAGCUUGGAGUUAUUACAAGGCGCUGACUAUGGUGACAUUAAUCAUAAGGCAAUCAAGAUGCCCAUUAGUGGUUAGUGAUAGGAUUACGUCACAGUAGAGACGGGUAGGUCAAUGGCCUGGUCUCAGGUAAUGGCUUGGUUUUAGUGUUCAGUAUUCGCCUGACAAAGAGGCAAGAGUGAGUGAGUGAGUUGGGUUUUACGCCGCUUUUAACAGUAUUCCAGUUAUAUCACGGCGUGUCAGCUUCAUGUGGGAGGAA